AUUUAUCUUAAAUUUAGGACUUGACUAGGACCCAGCGUGUCAAAAACGAUUAUAACAGCAAACUUGACGGUUCAUUCUGUGACAUUAACUUGAACAGUUUGUGACGUGGCGACGAUCCAAUAUAUAAAAGACAAUUGACCAUUGACCGCGAGGCUGACAGUUCGGUUUGAAUUACUUUCAUUGUUCAAGACAAAACACAAUGGGAGUCUGUAUGCUUACUCUGAUCCCGUUGCUAAUAGGAGCUACGUCAAGCUUUCUUCUGGAUAGCUCUUGCUCACCAGGCGGUGUUUGUGCUUGUUCCAACAGUGAUAUACAAUGCAACGGCAAAGGACUGACCGAUGUUCCAGUUUUCAAAAUUGCGGCUCCGAUUAGUCGUCUUUAUUUGACCAAUAACAGCAUUAACAUUCUUAAAAACUAUGCGUUCAUCAGCUUGCAGGAUUACGUUUCAUAUCCGGUUGAACUUGAUUUCAGAAAUAACAAUAUUUCUGUAAUUGAAAAUAAUAGCUUUCAAGGAUUGGACGAUAAAGUAUCUUUAUUGCAACUUGAUAAUAACAAUUUGCAGGUCAUCCCUUUGGCUGUUGCCAAUUUAUCUAGAAUCGAGUAUCUGUUGUUGAUGUUUAAUCCCAUUAAAACUUUAGAUCAGAACGUUCUUCUAAGGAUUGGGGACUCACUGAAAGAAAUAAGUUUUUCGUUCGAACUAUUCCAACAUUGGCCAACCCAGCUCCAUGUUUUGUUUAAAUUACGAGCACUUUACGUCUCUAAAUUUAAUUCAACAAUUCUAAGGAUUUCCGAUUUUCACUAUAUGACACAAAUGUUACAGUUUAAUACUUUUGAACUGUCAAAUUCACGCUUAGAAGACUUUCCAGUGGGCAUAUGCGAUCUCGACCAUUUGAGCUAUUUAAACCUAGCUUACAACUCGUUUAGCUACAGAACCAGGGACUUUUUCGGUGUUUGCCACACACCAAAAUCCAAUAUAAAAAAUGUCCAUAUGCACGGCAACAAUUUUGAUGUUCUUCCCGACUUUGGCAAAACAUUUCCUUCGCUAAUCACCCUUAACUUUUCACAUAACUCCUUACGUUAUAUCGAGAGUGAACUAACACCAAUGUCUUAUUUAGAAACGUUCGACUUAGACUUUAACAAACUCGUACAUUUUCCAUCCGCUUUGUCCACAUUGACUCGAAAUCUGCGUACACUCAGAAUACGUCAUAAUUCUAUUAUUGAUAUCGGUAACAUGGACUUAAUGACAUUUUCAUAUUUACAGGAAAUCAAUCUUGAUGGCAAUCCUCUAGAAUACAUUGCUGCUUACGCAUUCUCACACAACACUGCAUUGCAUACACUUACAAUCGCUUCAACUCAACUAAUUACAAUUCCUUGCGCGCUUAUGUCCAUUGGACCCAGUCAAAGAAUAGCCAUUGACUUGUCGAACAAUUCAAUUGAAUGUGAUUGCAAAAUGGGUUGUCUUUUGAACCUUAACCUUUCAAACUUUUCAUUUCUUGGUGAUCCUCAGUGCCUGCAAGGAAAUUCUUUUGUUGAGUUUAUUACAACUGUAAUCAAAGCCAAUGUCUGUCAUGCUUAGAGACGUACUUUAUUGUAAAAAACGUGAUUUAAUGCAAAUGAACACAGUUACAAUAUACAUGCACAAUCAAUGAUUGCAUGAACAGUUAAUAGUAUAAAUGGCUAGUUACAUAGGAGAAAUAUGGGUUUUAUUAAGGCCUUUUUUUAGCGUGUACUUGUAACCAAUGAAAAGUUUCAUUAUCAUAAUCCAGUAAUGCCGCAUAAAAUCAUGAUUUCAGUGGUCGUCUUUUCGAUUAAACGUCAGAUUUUAUGUUGAUUUUAAAAACGCGUCCCUUAACUAUUUCUUCUGUUAUGUAUGAUUUAAGUAUUUGAAAUAAUAUCUGAAAUAUUAAUCAAUGGACAUGUCUCAAUGCACUUGUGGAACGUGUCAAUACGUAUUUUUACGAAUUAUAUUUGCUUUCGUGUUGGCAUAGUAAGUGUAGUUAUGACAUUUUAGUGUGUUUAGUUUUGCUACUAUAUGCAUUUUGUAUUGGCAUAAUAGUGUGUUUUGAUUUGGAAUUACAGUUUGUGUUAUAUUUUGCAUUUGAUAUUAUAGUGUGUUUUGAUUAUGGCAUAAUAUUGCUAUUUGAUUGGGGAAAAUUUAUAGUAUCAUAACUGAAUGGCAAUUUUAUAUAAAAAAACACAAACUUAACGGAUGAAGUUAUAACUGAUAACAUAUAAAUAUUGUAGUCAAAUAAUAAUAAUAAUAUGAGUCCAUACAUAAAUUUGGGUUGCUUUGCUGGUGACAUUUGUUUAUUUCAGACGGCCCACUGUGUUAUUGUAUUAAUCUUAAUUAAAUGAAAUAAAACAUAGCAAUCAUAACUUGCAUUGUUGUUUCCAAAAUAUAGUAGCCGUGGUUUUAUUUAGAAAAAGUGUGUGUGUUUCAUUACAAAUUACUCCACCAAAUGCAUUUUUGUUACACACUGCAGUUCCCAAAUGUUCAAUCAAUGAAACGUUUCGUUAUUGACUUGUUAUGUAAUGCUUGCUUCGUCUUGAUUGAUAACUAUGAUCUUAGUGGCUAUGUAACAUAUUUUCAAAAAGUUAUGUGAUUGCAUUUAAUUGACUAAGCUGUAUAGAGCAACUAUGACAACUUUAAUAAAACAUACUAUUAAUAACUAGUGUGGUAUAAUUUAUUGCUUCCAAAAUAAUAGUAUGUGUUCAUAAAAAUAUCGAAAUUUUUGUUUAACAAACAGAAACACUUCUCGUGCUUGAACUCAGUAAAUCUAGUAGCACUGCAAUACUUUUAUCAAUAUGAGCGAAAUGCACAAGAUUGCGCACUUUUGUAAUAUCGGAACUGCUGGUGUUAGCAUUUAAGUGCCCAAGUAUUUGUAUGCGUGACUUGGAAUCCAAGUGGGACCAUGCGCCAAACAGUUUUGCUACCAAAUACAUGUAUAUGCUUUUUAAAACUACCUGCAAUUUUCUUAAUACAUGAGCUAUUAAAUAUAUGCACACUGUACAUGUCAACAGGCGCAAAUCAACAGCAGCAAAUUAAACUAGUACUGAUAUACGUGUAUUUGAUGGCUGGUUUAUACGUCUUUUUAUGAAAUGACCUAGUAUCAGUAGCAGCAGAAAUAUUAAUAUCAAUUAAAGGGUCACGGCAUGUUUCAAUCUACUGCGUAAAUCCAAAGAAGCCAUACUAUUUUAUUAACAAGAUCAGAUGGGACAUGGCAAUAUUCUCAUACCUCCCCUACCGUCGAAAGUAAUGACGUGAACUUAAACCACCCCUACACACGCAAGUUGCAAUAAGAAGUGCAAGUGGAUCUUCUGGCGUAUCGGCCAGCGUUGAUUAAGUCCAGCCUUUGCAAUGGUGGAGUCUGGUCAGGAGCUACGCUGUCCGCUAUAAAAUCGCACAAGGCUGCAUGGUCUCAUUAGGUAUCUCCUGACCAGAAUAGGAGAUGCGCAGGCUGUACUAUAACAACGCCAGCCGCAUAUGGCAUAAGACCCGUUUUCGUAUGACGCGGGUCUAUAGUCUCAUUGCGUAUUGUAAAUCUAAGCACAAUACUUUUGAAUAGAAAUUUGAAGUCAAACUGUCGGCAGCCUUGUCAGGCUUUCAGUUACGAUUUCCACACGGGCUGACCGUGUACGGCAAACUUUGGUGGUUAGAUACUUAAACGAUUUCCCUUAAACGAUCAGGACACUAUACUAUCUCGGUAGUCUGUUAUGUCUUCCCCUGACGAUUUAGUGACCGAGUACUGACCCUUAAUUAUGCAAGAUCGAUGUGAACGCGUAUUGUAACUGGGCACACAUUUUUGUUUAUGUGUAGUAUACAAACGCAGAGAGUAGUCCAGAAUUUCUUACACUCAAAAUUGUUAUAUCCCUAUACGGUGUAAUUGAGAAUUCUUGUGUACGCAUCUAUACGCAAUCAUGGGUUAUUCGACAAAUAUGUAUUAUGUCUCAUCAUAAUUAUAUUGUGUUCAAAUAUUAAAUUGUGUUGACGUGUACAUUGGGACAAGUGCAUUCAAUACUCGAAUGAUACAGUGGCACAUUAUGUGAUUGUGCUUUUCAUAUUGGAUUGAAUAUGUGUGACAGUUAGCUAGUGUUUAGUUUAUAGUUUUUUAAUUAUUAUAAUUGAGCACGAAAUAAUCGGUUAUGUUUAAAAUAUGACGACAUUCAGUAUGGAUAGUAAUAAUGUAUUCCUUAGAUUUUUAGAUACGCUUUAUGCCAUGUAUAAACAGGUAUUGGUUAUGCAAUUAAAUGCAUAUUUAAA